AUGUCUUUAGAGGAAAUCAAGGACAUAUUGAAAGACAAUCUAGAGAAAAGAGGAGUGCUCAACAAAAUUAGAGCAAAUUUAAGAGCAGAAAUUUUUAAAACAUUUGAGGAGCAAGAUCAUGAUGAGACCACAGAGUAUUGGUUAAAAAAACAAAGUUCAAAACCCAAGCCCUCCGAUAUUCAAUUUCUUAUUAAUGAACUAUUCAUAGAGUAUUUGGAAUACAAUAAUAUGGACUAUACAAAAUCUGUUUUCCUAAAGGAAUGCAAUCAACCACAGGAAAGACUAGAUAAGCGAUUUCUUGCUCAUGAGUUGAACAUUAGAAAAACAUAUGACGAGAUGGAUGAGGAUGGUGACUCAGUUCCACUCUUGUACUCUAUCAUUCACCGAUUAAGGAAUGAGAAUGUGAGAGAGAGGAGGAAAGACAUGGCCAACGAAAGAAAAUUGCAAUCAGAUACUAGCGACAUUUACCAAAAACCAAUUCUCCACAUGGAGCCAAACAAAGCCCAAGAUGAAAUUGAUAGGAUACAAAAAGGUAUUCCUCCAACCAAACAAAGAUUGUUUCCAAGUCAACCAAAUGUAAAUAGACAUGUAAAGCAAACAUUUCAAACUAUAGAUUCAAAAAAAAUAGAUUUAAAUUCUAGCUCCAUAUCCUCCUCAAGCUCCUCUCCUAGAAGAUCAGAUGGAGAUGAAGUAGACUAUGCUCUCUCUAAAUUAAUUCAACAAAAUUCAAAACUGUCAAGAUUACAAAAGAAAACUUCACCUACACACCCUGGCACCGGUUUGGAGAGAAUGAUACAAGAGCCAAAAAGUUCUAGAAUGUUCAACAUCAACAGAGAGAGACAUAAUCAUGAGGAUAGUUUUUGUGAUGAUCAGUCAACCAGCUCGGAUUUUUCAAUUGGACCAAAUGACAAACGGAUAAGAACUGGGUUGCCUCAAUUCUCUAUUACCCCCUACAGAGGGGAUGAUUCACAUCUCGAUGAUUCUGUUGAGCUAGUUUAUAAACGUUAA